AUGUACUUUGAUGGCCAAGACUUUCCCGCCAAGAGCGCCGUCGGCUGGGUCUCUGCAAGAGAUUUGAGGCAGUUCGAUGCGAACAACAAGAACUCACUUGUUCCUCACAUACGGUCGGUUCGCAAGUUUCUUAAGACUCGGGCAGAAAAACGUUCGCCAGAACGAGAAGUAGACAGGUCAAAGUCUGAGGCACCUGACGCGACAGAACAGUCAUCAAUAGAGGCCAACAGCUAUCCGCCCACGCCUCUGAAAGUUCCUCUUCAACAUCGCAGUCCUCAGAUGGCAGCUCCUGACCAGGAUCAAGAGGAACCCAGUUCUCUACCCGCAACUCAACCAGUAUUACCUUUAGAUCACGUCGCCCUGCAUGACCCCCCCAUUCAACAACAAUCGUUACCCGAUCUUCGUAGCGAUGAGGGACAACAGCAUCGACUGAACCUGGAAAACAUUGCGACAUCUUCUCAUGGGCCGGGACGACAGCUUGAUGAACCUUGUGACAUCUUUGAGCCUAUAAAUACUGCCGCACUUUCAAAUACGACACAAGAAGUUUGUCAGGACGCUGGUUUGUUAAGACCACAUUGCAAUGAGAGAGCAAACAGGACCGCUACCCCUGAGAAAAAUAUGGGAGCUGGGUUAUUUGGAUUAUCUGUGUCAGAGCAAGCCUCUGGCCUUGCUAUAUGCCCACCGCCUCCGCCUUCAAGAGAGUUGCUUCCUAUGAACCUAAUGUCAAAUCCACGUAAAACGCCAGAAAUCUAUGCAACAGAGCCUUUUCCAUCAAGUCCAUCUAUCCCACACGCUUCAUCAACAGACUCUGCGCAACCGGCCCUGCUCUACGCUCUGGAGCAACAUGCCCAAGCCGAGAUGGGUCGUCCUCACAGCAAUCGACCCAUCAUCGAUGCUGCAAAUUCAACAACAGAAGAGCGACAACAAGCACAACAAGCUCCAAGCGUGGUUCAGAGCAACAAUGACGCAUCAGACGCCGUUGGCGGUAUGCCAUGUAAUGCGGACCACCCACGUCUAAGUCAAAUAAGAGCUCCGUAUAACUUCGAAGCCUCCAGAACUACUAUUGUAUUGCCACCGAUCAGCUCCAUGCUUAAGCAGGGAGUGAACAGUCCUCCGUCGCACGAACCUCCCGGUCAAACGCCAACUCUAAAUAAUCAGCCGUCUUCUUUUCCCGCUCGAUUGUCCCAGUUAGCCGUCAAUGCACCAUCACCGCCGUCACUAUCACCGUCACUGUGUACUCGACCAUUGACGACCAAACUUGCCAGUAAAUCACCAGAUGUUCGAGCAUCGUUCAAUCAAAUAUCAACUGCCCAAUAUGCACCUGCUCUUCCCGCUCAGGUCCAGAGCGAUGACUCGUUCCAUACUCGAGGGUCAUCUGCCAGCAUAGCAACUGAGCAGCGUCGCUUAAACAGCCCUGGAGCACCAACAUCUGACUCACAUGAUGGAUGUAAUGCACAGACUUCCUGCGAGCUCGAAGUCACUCGCCCAAAGGGUGACUGGUACAAGAAACUUCCUGAGGAUCUGAUCGCAUGUUUAGAAAAGUAUCAGCAUGAUAACAACCUCAGUCUUGGAAUCGAUGGGCUACGGAUACAGCCUGGCAAUUACGAAGGGUUCGGCAAACUAGGGAACAAUUACACCAGGACAGAUCCGAUGGCGGUCCGACACCUGAAUCAGGCCUACAGCUGUUUGAUCGACUGCUUGGGUGAUCCGCUAUGUGAUAUGAUGCUUCUACUGGCAUUGACAUUCGGUGCUUGCACGGUGACGCCGCACAUCGACGAGCGGGGAAGCGAAUUCUAUCCGGCCAGGAAAAGGAAGGAAUCAGAUAUACUGGCGGCAACGAUGGUUAUACGAAUGCUCUGGUUCAUGAUGAAAGAAGCAUUUCUAUGGGAGGAUACUGAUGAGAAAGUGUUAUCCAACAUAAAUUUCAACAAUCAUGGGUUGCUGAAGUUUGGGUGGGUGGAAUACAAGACGAACACUGGUAACCGUCAUCAGACGCCGCAAACAACAGAGAUGCAGCUCAGGUCCAUGGAGGAGCUCUAUGAGGACCGCAAGUGCUUAAUUUCUGCCAUGAAGAAUGCGGAAAGGUUCAUAUCCUUGGUGUUUGGAAGUGACGAUGAGGUUUGGAUGGCUCGGUGUUACUCGAUCAUUCGAGAUAGACGUCUAGCGUGCACGGACCAGAACAUGUGCAUUGCGACGCGAAAUUAA